AUGCUGCAGGGCAGCUGCUGGCCUAGCAUGUCUGUCCCCAGACCCCUCCCGGCCGGUGUGUCACAACAGCGGAGGCGGCUGUAUCUAGAGCACUUGGGGUGGGCAGGCCCAGCUGGGAGGCAAGCCGGCGAGGAGAGCGGCCGCGAUGGUCUCUCCAAAGUCCCAUCAGCUUUAGAUACCUCUUUAGGAAGCCAUGGCUACCUGGAUGUGAAAGAUGUGGACUGAUUGAUAACACGCUGGUUGUGGGGUGGUUCCUGGGUGUAGGACAUUUUUUUAAAGUCUGAAUUAAGACCUAAGGUGAAGGCAGAAAAUAGACUUCACAGUAAAGCGGGAGUGCAUAUCAGUCCACGUGGGUCAAGCAGGAGUUCAGAUUGGCAAUGCCUGCUGGGAGCUCUUCUGUCUGGAACACGGCAUCCAGGCGGAUGGCACCUUUAGUGUCCAGGCCAGCAAGGUCAACGACGAUGACUCAUUCACCACCUUUUUCAGUGAGACUGGCAAUGGGAAACAUGUGCCUCGGGCUGUCAUGGUAGAUCUGGAGCCUACUGUAGUAGAUGAAGUUCGGGCAGGAACCUACCGUCAGCUCUUCCAUCCAGAGCAGUUGAUCACAGGGAAGGAGGAUGCAGCUAACAACUAUGCCCGGGGCCACUACACAGUGGGCAAGGAGAGCAUCGACCUGGUGCUGGACCGCAUACGGAAGCUGACAGAUGCCUGCUCUGGCUUGCAGGGCUUUCUGAUCUUCCACAGUUUUGGUGGGGGCACUGGCUCUGGCUUUACUUCUCUGCUGAUGGAACGGCUCUCCCUGGAUUAUGGCAAGAAGUCCAAGCUAGAGUUUGCUAUCUACCCAGCCCCUCAGGUCUCCACUGCAGUGGUGGAGCCCUACAACUCCAUUCUGACCACUCACACCACACUGGAACAUUCAGAUUGUGCUUUUAUGGUGGAUAAUGAAGCUAUCUAUGACAUCUGCCGCAGGAACCUAGAUAUCGAGCGCCCCACCUAUACCAAUCUCAACCGCCUCAUCAGCCAGAUUGUGUCUUCCAUCACUGCCUCUCUCCGCUUUGAUGGGGCCCUUAAUGUGGACCUCACUGAGUUCCAGACCAACCUGGUGCCCUACCCCCGCAUCCACUUCCCACUGGUCACUUAUGCACCCAUUAUAUCUGCUGAGAAAGCCUAUCAUGAACAACUCUCCGUGGCUGAGAUAACCAGCUCCUGCUUUGAGCCCAACAGUCAGAUGGUGAAAUGUGACCCAAGACAUGGGAAGUACAUGGCCUGCUGCAUGCUCUACCGGGGGGACGUGGUGCCUAAGGAUGUGAAUGUUGCUAUUGCUGCCAUCAAAACCAAGAGGACUAUUCAGUUUGUAGAUUGGUGUCCCACAGGCUUUAAGGUGGGCAUCAACUAUCAGCCACCCACCGUGGUGCCAGGAGGGGACCUGGCCAAAGUUCAGCGGGCUGUUUGCAUGCUGAGCAACACUACUGCAAUUGCGGAGGCCUGGGCCCGCCUGGACCACAAGUUUGACCUCAUGUACGCCAAGCGGGCCUUUGUGCAUUGGUAUGUUGGAGAGGGAAUGGAAGAAGGAGAAUUUUCUGAGGCCAGGGAGGACCUGGCUGCUCUGGAGAAGGAUUAUGAAGAAGUGGGGACUGAUUCAUUUGAAGAAGAAAAUGAAGGGGAGGAGUUUUAAAUAUAACACUUUCCCCUUG